AUGACGGAGCUUUUUGUCCUGUUCGAGUGCUCCGCGGGAUACUUCCUGCUGAGGGUGAAGGAAUGGGAGCAGAUAGGAAGCAACGAAAAUCUGGAGAAGAAGAUUCAAAAGGCCGAUCUAUUUCACGAAGUAGUACAAUUAUGUUCGUUUAUAUCUUUCGAAACAGCGGAAAGGGCGCUGGAUAAUUUGAUCCAUAUUAAUGAAGGGAAGGCCACCGAUUUUCUGCUAACCUUUUUAGAGCAAAACUUGCCUAGUAAUAAAAGUCAGUACGAGUUAGGGGUGGCUGAUAUCAACUUGGGCAAACACCUCUCAAACAUUGGCUUCAACAUAGUUCAUAAUAGCAACAUUUUGGAGCUAUUCCGAGCGUGCAGACAGUUUUACCUGAGAAAAAUUGGCACUUAUGUGGAGAACAGUGGUGAUAUCGAUAUAAAGCAUUUCAAUAUCGGAUUGGGACACAGCUACUCCAGAUCGAAGCUGAAGCUAGACCCAAGGAAACAAGACAAAUCAAUUAUUAAUGGCAUCGGUACGAUUGAGUCAUUGGACAAAAAUAUUAACCUCUUCAGCAUGAGAGUCAUCGAAUGGUACAGCUGGCAUUUCCCAGAGCUGAAGAAAAUCGUUACGGAUGUGUCUAUGUACUGCAAAUUGGUUAACUUAAUCCAAAUUAAAGACAAUUUUAACUUCGAAGAUGAGAUGGAAAGAGAGAAAAUCACCGAAAUUACGAAAGAUGAACAAAUGACUGAGCAGAUUGUUAAAGUAGCCAACCUUUCCAUUGGACAAGAGCUCACACAGGAGGAUCUCAAUAACAUCAUGAAUUUUUCUAAUGAGGUUAUUAACUUAGUUAACACUAGGAAUGUUCUAUGGGACUAUCUGGAUAAAAAAUUGAAUAUCGUUUCGCCGAAUUUGAAGGAACUAUUAGGGAACACAUUAAGUGCUCGGUUGAUUAGCCAUGCGGGGUCUCUUGUCAAUUUAGCCAAAUGCCCUUCCAGCAGUAUUCAGAUUUUCGGAUCGGAGAAGGCCCUCUUCAAUUCUCUUAAGGGGAAUAAGAAGACGCCCAAAUUUGGCAUCCUCUACAAUUCUUCCUACAUUUCCAAGACGCCUCUCCCCAUGAAAGGCCGCAUGUCCAGGUACCUGUCCUGCAAAAGUGCCAUGGCGGCAAGAAUCGACUCCUUUUCGGACCACCCCACGAACUCUUACGGAGUCAUAUUUAAGAAGCAGCUCGAGCAUAAGAUCCUCCACAUGGUCAAGGGGGUGAAGCUGUCUAAAAAUAUCGAUUACAUGAACGAGGCGGAACAGAUUUACAAUCGCCAGAUCGGCGCCAUCCCCGACGGGGAGGAAGACCAGGGGGCCAAGAAGAAGAAAAAGAAGAAGAAGAAAAAGAAGAACAAGAAGAAGAAGACCAAGCAGGGAGGAGCAGAGGACGGCGGCGCGGAAGGAGAGGAAGGCGGCGCCCAAGAAGAUAACAAGAACGGCCAUGUCAAUGGCGAUGUCAAUGGAGAUGUUAAUGGCGACCAGAAUGGAGACCUGAAUGAGGAGCAUAACGGCGAAGCAGACGAAGCCAAGGUCGAGGCAGCCCAAACUGCAGUCGAGGCAGACCAAACCGCUGCUCAGGUAGACCAAAGCGACGCCGACUCAGACAGCGACUGA